AUGGCUACCAAAAAUGCCCCCAAAGCGAAAAAGGCCCCAAAAGUUAAGCAGAUGGAACUGCCAAACGCCGCUGCUGGUGUGGUGACAAGAUUUCCCCCAGAGCCUUCAGGUUACCUGCACAUUGGCCACUCGAAAGCCGCCCUCCUCAACGACUAUUUCGCCCACAUUCAGUACGAGGGAAAGCUCAUCCUACGGUUUGACGACACGAACACUGAAAAGGAGAAUGCCGAAUUUCAAGAUGCAAUUCGAGAGGAUGUCGCUUUGCUUGGAAUCAAGCCCGACACAAUCUCUUACACGAGCGAUUACUUUGACCACAUUGACGAGCAAUGUGUGAAGAUCAUAAAAGCCGGCAAGGCAUAUGCAGAUGAUACCCCGGGCGACGUGAUCAGUGCGAUGAGACUGGCACGUGAGCCCAGCGCUAGAAGAGACGAGAGCAUCGAGGAUAACCUUGCAAGAUAUGAGGAGAUGAAGAAGGGUACGGAGGAAGGGCGAAAAUGGUGCAUCAGAGCCAAAAUUUCACACGCCAACGACAAUGCUUCUCUGCGUGACCCUGUCAUCUACCGAUGCCCGAAGAACCAGACUCCUCACCACCGCACUGGUGACAAGUACAAGGCUUACCCCACCUAUCAAUUCGCCUGUCCUGUCGUCGACUCUCUCGAGGGCGUUACUCAUGCUUUGAGAACUACCGAAUACAACGAUCAAGAUGCGCAGUACAAAUGGAUUCUGAAGGCAUUGGAUUUGAGACCAGUCCAUAUCUGGACUUUCUCGAAGAUCCAGUUUGUCCGUACUCUCAUGUCCAAGCGAAAGCUGACAAAGCUUGUCAAUGCUGGCGUCGUAUCUGGCUGGGAUGACCCUCGGUUCCCCACCGUCAGAGGCAUCAGGAGACGUGGUAUGACGGUCGAAGGUCUUCGAGACUUCAUGGUUAGUCAAGGGCCCAGCAAGAACGUCGUCAACAUGGAUUGGCACACCAUCUGGACCAUGAACAAGAAAGUCAUCGAUCUCAAAGCUGGUCGAUAUACUGCCAUCGACAAGGACUACGUGGUCUGCAAGGUCAAGGGUCUUCAGGAGGAGCCCUACUCCGAGGCCAAGCCAAAGCACGCCAAAUAUGACCUCGGUGAGAAGAAGGUCUGGUAUAGCCAGAACGUCAUUCUCGAGCAGGAGGAUGCCAGGACUUUCGCUGAAGGAGAGGAGAUUACGCUCAUGAACUGGGGUAACGCGUAUGUUCGCAACAUCCAGUACGAGAAAACAGGCGACAAAGCUGAUAUCACGGACGGCGUCAACGCUCUUGGUAAUGUUGCUUCGAUGGAGCUUGAGCUACAUCUGGAGGGCGAUUUCAAGACCACGAAAAAGAAGGUAACCUGGCUGUCCAAGGAUCAAGAGCUGUGCCCGGUUGAGCUAGUCGAUUUUGAUCACCUGCUGUCGAAGGACAAGCUGACCGAAGAGGAGGAGGAGCACUGGGAGGACUUUUUGACGCCAAAGAGCGAGUUCAAAUCCUACGCCGAAGCUGAUUGCAAUGUAUGGGAUGUCAAAGUGGACGACUUUAUCCAAUUCGACAGAAAAGGUUACUUCAGAUGUGACCAGGCCGCGACGAAAGAUUCUCCUGGUGUUUUCUUCAAGAUCCCAACAGGGAAAUAG